AUGGCGUCAACGAAUGAAACGGACUCUCGCCAACAGGACAAGAUCAAGAAAGGCGAUGUGCUCUUGGAGGUGCGCAACCUUAAGACGUACUUUCGCGGAGAGGAGGGCAUCGCCAAAGCGGUGGACGGAGUGAACUAUUCAGUCCUUUCUGGGCAGACCCUCGGCAUCGUGGGGGAGUCCGGUUGUGGCAAGAGUGUGACCGCGCUUUCGAUCCUGGGGCUGGUUCCCAUGCCCCCUGGGUUUCAUGCGGGCGGCGAGAUCUUGUUUCGCGGAGAAGACUUGUGCACGGCCUCGGAGGCUCGCAUGCGGCAAGUGCGCGGCAACGCCAUCUCGAUGAUCUUCCAGGAGCCGAUGACGGCACUCAACCCGGUGUUCACCGUCGGCAACCAGAUCAUGGAAACGGUCACGCUGCACCAAGGCAUGGACCAGGAUGCCGCGCGCAACCACGCCAUCGCCAUGUUGGAGAAGGUCGGUAUCCCCAGCCCUCGGGAACGGGUCGAUGAGUACCCGCAUCAACUUUCCGGUGGCAUGCGCCAGCGCGUCAUGAUCGCGAUGGCGAUGGCUUGCAGCCCGCAGCUCUUGAUUGCUGACGAGCCAACGACCGCAUUGGAUGUGACGAUUCAAGCUCAGGUGCUCGCCCUGAUCACCGAUCUUCAGGAGCGAGAAGGAAUGAGUGUUGUGCUGAUCACCCACGACCUUGGUGUCGUCGCUCAAACCACUGACCACGUCGCCGUGAUGUACGCUGGCAAAGUCGUCGAAUAUGGCGACGUGGAAUCGAUUUUCGGCGAGCCGCGUCAUCCCUACACGAUUGGACUCUUCCACUCCCUGCCAGAAUUGGCGGGGCCCGGCGAAAGGCUGGCGACGAUCGAUGGCAUCGUGCCCAGCGCGUUCCACUUUCCUAGUGGUUGCCGCUUCCGCACACGUUGUCCUCUAGCGUCCGAGAGAUGCGCGAGUGAGGAGCCAGCGCUCGUCGAAUUUGAAUCGGGUUCCGGACACACGGUGGCUUGCCACCACCUGGAAGAGGCGGAGAAGCUAUGA